AUGUCAGUACCGCCCUUGGAUUUCAGUGUCCCGCCGCCUCAUUUCGGAGUCGCUCCGCCGAGCCAUACUGGUAUUCCGGUCUUGAACUCUACGCCUGCACAUAUGUAUAUCCAUCCACCGCCAUUUUUGCCGCCAGUCCAUCCUGUGGACGUACCGCCGCCAACCUACGUGAAUAUAUCCGCGCCAGUUAAUAUUCCUCCGCCCACGCCGGCCUUCCCACCUCCUGUUUUAUAUCCUCCCCCAAGUAUACCAACAAAUUAUACCUAUCGACAAACUAAUCAAUAUACAUUAAGAACGUCUUCAACGUCGUCAGUAUCUGGCAGCAGCUAUGCAAUGCCAAAAACUGUCCCUAGUGCACCAGAUUUUAAUUAUUAUAACAAAGACAUCAAAAGUGUCAGGGAUUAUGCAUUUAAUCAAUAUGGUAAAAGUUGUAUUAGAAGUUCAAGGGAGUCUUCAUCAUCAAGCUCUAGGUACUCUGUGAGUCGUGAAAGGGAUAGGGCUCAAUAUGAGAGGGACAGCAGAUAUGAUAGAGAUAGGAUGCAACCACCCAGAUCAAGUCGAAGCCCAAGUAGUAGUAGCAUUAGAUACAGCCGGAGCCCAUCUAGAUACCACAGAGAUAAAGAGGAGCAAUACCGCAGAGAGAAAUAUGCUGAAAAGAGAUAUGAGUAUGAGUGCAGAAAACGGGACUAUGAAAGACUUAGGAGUCCAUCAAGUAAUAGAGAUCAUAGGAGUAAAAGUCGCAGCUAUGACAGUCACGAUGAUAGGGCAAGAUUCAAAUCACCAGACAGACAUAGAUAUCACUCACGUCAUAGGGAAGUGUCAUCAUCUCAUUCACAAAGUCGUUCAAGGGAGCUAUCACCAAGAGCUUCCAGAGAUUCAAUGCCACCAAAAAGUGUCAGUGAUCGGGAAAAAAUAUUAAGUGAUUUUAGGAAGAACUACUGCAGAACUUCAGAGGACUUUAUAAAAAAGAUAGAGCAAUGGUCAAAGGAGCACAAUUCUGAUGAAGAGGAAAACACCAAAAUGUGGUACAGAAGUUCACCAGCUGAGCUUUAUUAUAAUACUUUGGAAGAAGGUGCAGGUGUGGAACAGACAAAAAAGUUAGAGAAAAUUUGUGAGAAAUUCUUGAAAACCCUCAUUGAACGAGGAAGAAAUGCUAGACCUGUUGAAGAUGAACUACCCCCUUUAAAGCCGCCAAAAGCAAAAAUGUGUAGACACAGAUUGGAGGAAAAUGCCUCGUCGUCUUCAUCAGACAGUGAAGAGAGCAUUGAUGAAGACGGGUUGCACGGCUACACUGAUAGAAUAAUGCUGGAGUUGCAGAGAAAACAGAGCCAUCCUCGGCGGUUGCAUCCAGAAUUAUGGUUCAACAACUCCGGCGAGAUGAACGGAGGACCGCUUUGUCGCUGCAGUGCGCGAGCUCGUCGCAACGGUAUACGACAUGGAGUGUACACGGGGGAACAACAAUUCCCCAAGUGUAUCCCAACGCAAAGCAAUAUUGAGAAACUGUAUCAUUAUCGAAUUACAGUGUCACCACCAACAAACUUUCUAAUUAAAGCGCCCACAAUAAUAGGUCACGACGAGCACGAAUUCCUAUUCUCUGGGUUUUCAAUGUUUUCACAUUACAAACUCAAAAAGCUACCAAAAUGCAAAGUGAUACGGUUCAAUAUCGAAUACACGAUAUUGUAUGUUGAAGAACCGCCGCCUCAGAACUUCACCGUGCAAGAAUUAGAUUUGUUCGAGGAGUUUCUAUUCAAAGAGUUAUUGGAGUUGGUGGACUUAGAUUUGGGCAAGGCUACAGAAGAUUCUUGUUCGCAAUUCCACUUUAUGCCGCGAUUUGUACGAUAUCUUCCCGAAGGUGGAUGUGAGGUUUUAUCAAUGUGCGAAGUACUCAAAUAUCUCAUAAACGAGAGCGGUUUUCUAAUUCCACCGGACAUGCUGGAGGAUUUUCACAAUAUGGAUCAUUUUAGCUGGCAGAAGUUUGUUGACGGAAUAAAAGGCAUGAUAGUAACUUAUCCAGGCAAAAAGCCGUGCUCAGUCCGCGUUGACCAAUUGGACCGCAGUCCACCCGUCACCUCUGAAGAUGUCAAGAAUCCCAAAGAACUGAAGAGAUACUUUCCCGAAAUCGUGCAUUUCGGUAUCAGACCACCUCAGCUGAGUUACGCCGGAAAUCCUGAAUAUCAAAAAGCAUGGCGCUUCUACGUAAAAUACCGUCAUCUGAUAGUCAACAUGGCGAAGCCGUCGUACAAAGAGCGACAUAAGUUGGCCGCCAAGGAAGCCAAAUUACAAGAGAUGAGGACACAAAGCAAAAUGAAGAGGGACGUCACAGUUGCGAUUUCUUCACAAGGUUUUCACACAACUGGCCUAAUGUGUGACGUGGUGCAGCACGCGAUGUUAAUACCAGUCCUAGUGCGUCAUUUACGAUUCCACAAAUCAUUGGACAGUUUGGAGAAAACUAUAGAAUACACGUUCAAGCGAAGAUCUCUGUUGCAAACUGCCCUCACACAUCCGUCAUACAGGGAGAACUUUGGUACGAACCCUGAUCAUGCUCGGAACAGUUUGACCAACUGUGGCAUAAGGCAGCCGGAGUAUGGCGAUCGAAGAAUACAUUAUACAAGGAAGAAGGGCAUUGUAACACUAAUAAAAAUUAUGUCCCGUUUCGGAAAGCAUAACGAAACUGAGUCCGAGCUCAAACACAACGAGCGUCUUGAAUUCCUCGGCGAUGCGGUGGUAGAGUUUAUAUCCUCCAUACAUCUAUUCCGCAUGUUCCCCGGCCUAGCUGAGGGGGGGCUGGCGACCUUCAGAGCCUCGAUUGUACAGAACCAACAUCUGGCGCAAUUGGCCAAGAACAUAGGUCUAGAACAAUACAUGCUAUGUGCACACGGAUCGGAUUUGUGCCGCGAAGUGGUGAUGCGACAUGCGAUGGCCAACUGCUUUGAAGCGCUAAUGGGCGCACUAUUCCUCGAUGCUGGAGUUGGGGUUACUGAUAAAGUGUUUGGCCUAGCUCUGUGGUACAACGAACCUGAACUUCUAGAUGUUUGGAAUAAAGAUCGACCCCACCCGUUGCAAGAUCAAGAGCCGCUCGGUGACAGAAAAUAUAUAAAAGAUUUUGAAUUUCUGAAGCGAUUGACAGAAUUUGAGGAAUCUAUUGGUGUUCAAUUCAAACACAUUCGUUUGCUGGCACGUGCGUUCACUGAUCGUUCAGUAGGAUUCACGAAUUUAACUCUCGGUUCCAAUCAACGUUUGGAAUUCCUAGGCGAUACUGUGCUACAGCUAGUGGUCUCUGAUCGACUGUAUAGACACUUCCCGGACCAUCACGAAGGGCAUUUAUCGUUACUUCGCUCGUCACUCGUUAACAACCGCACGCAGUCAAUGGUGUGUGACGACCUCAACAUGUCCGAAUACGCGAUAUACAACAAUCCUAAAGCGAAGCCUACCACCAAGAAGCACAAGGCCGAUUUGCUUGAAGCAUUCUUGGGCGCUUUGUAUAUUGACAAGAGUCUAGAAUACUGCCAAACGUUUUGCAACGCCUGCCUGUUCCCGCGCCUGCAGGAGUUCAUAAUGAGCCAGGGCUGGAACGAUCCCAAGUCGAAGUUGCAACAGUGCUGCCUCACUCUACGCUCCAUGGAGGGGGGAGAGCCGGACAUACCUGUGUACAAGGUGAUCGAGUGCCUGGGGCCCACGAACACGCGUGUGUACACGGUGGGCGUGUACUUUCGCGGCACGCGUCUCGCCGCCUCCCGUGGCCACUCCAUACAAGAGGCUGAGAUGAACGCCGCCGAAGAGGCACUCAGCUGCGCGCACGAACUAUUCCCACAACUGGACCACCAGAAACGAGUGAUAGCGAAAAGCGUGCGCAAAAAGAAAAAUCCUCAACGUUCCUUGCGCGACGCUCCGAACAGUCGGAUACAGUCGCUCAACGAGACCUUUGUCACAGAAAAAGCCAUAGAUGAGAGUGUACCAAAGGCUUAUAGGCCUGGAGCAAAAGAGGAAAGCUCGGAUGAAAGUGUUCACGAAGCUUCCGAUAAUGAACUGGUGGAAAAUCGGGAGGAAAGGAACUCUAACGACGAUUCUGGCUUGGACAGUGACUCGGAUUCUGGAUCGCAAAAACUCGAGAAUGUCAAAGUGAGCAGUCUACUCAGCGAUAUGGAGAAACUGAAGGAACAGUUAAUAGAACGCAAUGAGUAUGAGAAGUUGAAAGAGAAGUGCCGAAAGUCCGACUCGGACGACGAUUGAAACAUUUAAUUCUUAUAAAAUGAAUUAAUAAUAUUGAUAUCCGUUCUUAAUAUUAUAAAGUGUACUAGUUUUCUUAUUAUUUAUAAAAUGUAGAGAACUAUCGCUGAACUAAUAUUGAUAUAUUUCGGCAAAGAGAUAUCUUGCAUCCUAGAGGAGUCGUACAGGAUUUAUAAGUUUGCAACAUUGAAGUGGAUAUGGAAUACUUAUUGUUUUGGGAAAUCUAGAUUAUUCAGAUGGGUUUUAAAUUUUGCACCCUGAAAGUGGAUAAAAGGAUACUUUUUAUUUUUAAAAACAAAGUAUUCCUAUUAGAUUUGAAAUUUAAGGUACAUUAUUUUUAAAUAGAGUUUGUAUAAAAGGAAUUCUUCGAAACUCCGAUUACAUAGUUCAAUAGUUAUACUUACGUAUAGUUCUCAUAAAAUAAAAAGUGUGUGUGUGCAAGUGUGGCUGUCUGUCUAGAAGUGUCAAAUGCCAUUGAGUAAUAUCUUGAAGCAAUUCGGUUGCGAGCAGUGGCUUGCAUAGAGGGUAUGCACAGGAUAUGUAGAUGAUAUAAAAUGAAGAAAAUCU